AGGUCUCCAGUUCUGCUCCCGAGGGCGUGGUCUUUCCACACUUCCCACGUGGUCCUCGCCCCUCCCGUCCGGGAUCAUGGCUGGGCCGGGCCCCGCCAGCCUAGCUCAGCCCGGCCUCGAGGAUUCGCGGUCCCGCUGCGUGGUGGUGACCGGACCCAGUGGAAAGGGUAGAAUUGCAGAUUCAGACGGGACAGACCCUUCUACAAUGAGCACGCCUUGAUGGAGUCUGCAUUCCCCAGCCCCACGGUGCUUUUGCUGCUAUGGGAACACUGAACUAACCAAAACACACACACACACACGUUGAUGCCUCUGAACCCGGAAAAGGUCGGCCUGGGAAGAUAGGUGGCUUCUCUGUCAUAAAGGACUCCUGUCACCUGUCUUAACUGAAAACUACUUUGAUAAACACUCUCAGCCAGCGUCUCAUACUGUCAACCUUCCAAAAAGAGAGAGAAAAAGAAAAUUCUUUUGAAAUACUUUUAUCCCGUUGCACUUUCAUCUUUCUUCUUUUGGGUCCAGAGACUGAAUGGUUCCAGUCACACCUGACUUUCUCAGGAAGCCGGGCUCUUGGUGAAAGGAGCUCUCCAAGCUGGGCUUAGGGGCGGACACUAACUUAGAACUUGGAACGCUGCAGCUGCCUGUGGAUUACAGGGAGGUGAAACGGAGGCUGACCACAAUCUGGGAAGAUUUGCAACCACAACUUGCUGUGCACGUGGGCAUGGACACGUCCGCCAAGGCCAUCUUUCUGGAACAGUGCGGCAAGAACCGAGGUUAUCGGGAUUCAGACGUAAGAGGCUUCCAGCCCGAGGGUGGCGUGUGCCUCCCAGGUGGUCCCGAGGUAAUGCUGUCUGUCGUCAGCAUGAAGGAGGUCUCAAGGCGAGUUGCUCUUGAGGAUUUCAAGGUGGCGUUCUCCCGAGAUGCGGGCAGGUACGUCUGUGAUUACACCUACUACCUGUCUCUGCACCUCGGAAAUGGGCAUGCAACACUCAUCCAUGUCCCUCCUCUGUCACACCGGCUCCCAGCCAGCCUUCUGGCCAAAGCCUUGCGAGUCAUCAUCCAAGAAAUGUUGGAAGACAGUGGAGAAGUCCAGACUCAAAUGGCAGCAGCUUAG